GGCGCCUGCGCGUUGUGGGCACUGGUGCGGGACAGCUGGCGCUGGCAGCCGCACAGGGGCCGGAGGCGGCUCCCGCGCCCGCCCCGAACAAGCUGUGCGGCAGGUGUCGUACCGGGGGAGAAGGGAGCUGCAACAGCUGCUGCCCUGCGCUGAAGGAAACUCUACUGCCCACUCUUCCUAACGUUUUUUGGAGAUGGCCGGUGAAAUCACAGAGACCGGGGAGCUCUAUUCUCCCUACGUCGGGCUGGUGUACAUGUUCAACCUCAUCGUGGGCACAGGGGCGCUCACCAUGCCCAAGGCCUUUGCCACCGCCGGAUGGCUGGUCAGCCUCGUCCUGCUGGUGUUCCUGGGCUUCAUGAGCUUUGUGACAACCACCUUUGUGAUGGAGGCCAUGGCCGCAGCCAACGCACAGCUCCGCUGGAAGAGGAUGGAAACCCACAAGGAGGAGGACGACGACGACUCCUCCUCCACGGCCUCAGACAGUGACAUUCUCACCCCGGACAGCUACGAGCGGGCAGAGAAACAGCCCAUCCUGUCAGUGCAGAGACGCACAUCUCCCAACCUGUUUGAAAUCACAGACCGGGUAGAAAUGGGACAGAUGGCCUCCAUGUUCUUCAAUAAAGUGGGCGUCAACUUGUUCUACUUCUGCAUCAUCAUUUACCUGUAUGGGGACCUGGCCAUCUAUGCUUCGGCCGUGCCCUUCUCUCUGAUGCAGGUGACCUGCAGCACCACUGACAAUGACUCCUGCGGUGUGGACACAGACGCCAAGUACAAUGACACUGACCUGUGCUGGGGGCCCCUGCGCCGAGUGGACGCCUACCACAUCUACCUGGCCGUCUUCACUCUCCUCCUGGGACCCUUCACCUUCUUUGACGUCCAGAAGACCAAGUACCUGCAGAUCCUGACCUCGCUCAUGAGAUGGAUCGCUUUCGCCAUCAUGAUUGUGCUGGCCUUGGUCCGCAUCGGAAAGGGCCAAGGAGAGGGGCACCCACCCCUGGCCGACCCCUCAGGGCUCCGGAACCUGUUGGGGGUGUGCGUCUACUCCUUCAUGUGCCAGCACUCCCUGCCGUCCCUCGUCACCCCCGUCUCCUCCAAGCGCUACCUCACACGACUGGUGUUCCUGGACUACGUGCUGAUCCUGGCCUUCUAUGGCCUCCUCUCCUUCACCGCCAUCUUCUGCUUCCGUGGCGACAGCCUCAUAGACAUGUACACCCUCAACUUUGCGCGCUGCGACGUCGUGGGUCUGGCGGCCGUGCGCCUCUUCCUGGGCCUCUUCCCCGUCUUCACCAUCAGCACCAACUUCCCCAUCAUCGCCGUGACUCUGCGCAACAACUGGAAGACGCUCUUCCACCGCGAGGGCGGCACGUACCCCUGGGUGGUGGACCGCGUGGUCUUCCCCACCAUCACCCUGGUGCCACCCGUGCUGGUGGCCUUCUGCACACAUGACCUGGAGUCCCUAGUGGGCAUCACAGGGGCCUACGCAGGCACUGGCAUCCAGUUCGUCAUCCCUGCCUUCCUGGUGUACCACUGCCGCAAGGACACCCAGGUGACUUUCGGCUACGGGACCGUCAACAAGCACAGGUCCCCGUUCCACCACACCUUCUGGGUGGGCUUCGUGCUGCUCUGGGCUUUCUCCUGCUUCUUCUUCGUCACAGCCAAUAUUGUUCUCAGUGAGACCAAGCUCUGAUGGCAGGGUGUGCCUGGUGACAAGACGGCCAGGGACCCCACCACGGCCUCGCCGCUGCAGAACAAGAUUUUGGUUGCCACCCAGGGCUUCAUGGGCAGGAGGACAGGGGCGCUCAGAGGGCACCUCUGCAUCUCCAGCUGGGGAUCUCCUCCCGACCCAGGGCCCUAUAGUCUGUGCUGGCCUGGUCCCCUGGAGGGCCUGGUCCCCUGGAGCAGCUCCCUGCCGUGCCCCUGCCUAGGGCAGCAGCAGCUGCUCUCAGGUUUCAGGAUGGUCCCAGUUACACUGUUGCCCCCUCCAGCCGUUGGAGGCAGGCUCCUCCCUCAUGUGGUGGCACAUGCAGUGCUGGCACUGCUCCUAUUUAUACCAGACCCCGUGUCCCCUCCUCCGCCCUCCCCAGCCCCUUCCUGCAUCCUUGCCUGUCUACUAGCAGCUGCUGUCCCUUCAGAGACAAGUCCCAGGCCCUGGUCCUCUAACUUGGCCUGCCUAUGGCAGGCAGCACCCAACUCUCUGCCAGGCCUGAGAAUCGCUAAGUGCCACUCCUAGUGACAAGAAUGGGAAGUGCUAACUGGCACCAGGGUCCCUGAGCCAGAGCUGUGAGGGCCCUUGCUGUGGCCGCCAUCUCUGGGGCACUGCGCCAAUGGCACAUCCCUUCCCAGGGCACGCGGCAGCCUAGAAGCUGGGUUUAAAGUCCUUCGCCUGUGCUUCCUGGUGGGGGCUCUUUGGCCCCUGACUACCCCUGGAGCCCUCUGGGCCCCCUACAGUAUAGGGGGCUGCUGGAGGGUGCUGCCCACCCCCCCCCAAGGGCUUACUGUCCUGGGCAUGAGGCGCGGAGAGGGCUUUGCAUGGACGGCCAGGCCAGCAGGCAGCAGCUGCCUUGCUCCAGUCCACACAAGGGUGCUCCCUCCAGAGUCUGGCCACGGGUGCUCAGCGAGGCGCUCCUCCUGCCCCUGAGUUCCGUGGGGUAGGAAGAGAUACCUGCCCGUCCUUGUGGAAGGAGGCCAGGCUCCCAGCCACCUCCACCUAAUCAUGCCUGCACCUGCUGGGCAGGCCACCUUGGAAACAGAUGACUCUGUUGAACUCUGCAUUUUCAAUGUGCCUUCUGCUUCAGGCCCUGGGGAUCCUUCCUGACCCUGGCUUGUCCCCAGCCCUGGGCCUGGUCCCAUUGUCCUAGAGCGCAGAGCAGCCUGCCAGGGAGCUGCAUCUCUGGGGAGUGGGGAACUCAGGCCCCUACCCCACCCUCUUGAUUUCAGUGCCUUGCUUAGCCCUUGUGAGGGGAACUUCGCCACCUCCUCCUCUGUGUGAGUGUCGCUCUCUAACGUUUGACGGUACAUCCUGGGGCCCAGGGAAUGUGGGUCUUCAGGCAGCACCGCUCUGCUUCUGGCCCUGGCACCCCUGCCCCCGAGAACCCCUGAGUCAUAAAUUGGCCUCACUCUGCUUUCUCGCCACUGUCGCAUGUGGGCAGUUCUCGCACCUGCCCCCAUAAGCCAUCGUCUUCCAUCCGUGUGAAAAACAUCUGCUCCUCCCCACCUGCUAUGGUGGUAUCUUCCCAGGAGACCCUGCCCUGGGGAAGGCCAAGCCAGCUGGCGCCAGGGUGGUGAGGCCACGUAUAAGAAAGAGCUGCCCAUGCCCUGUGCUAGGCCCUCCCUGAAGCCGCCUGCUGUUUGCUGAGAACUCAAUUAAAACAUCUGUACUUACCUUCUCCAAUUACACUCCCUCUUGCUUAAGGACAAAGCAAAUUAAAUCAUCCUGCUGCCCCCGGGCUCCAAACCAAAUUUUGGAAGCAAAUUUAUUAGCAUCAUAAAGCCCAGGUUGAUUUAUGUGACAAUCUGGAGCCACACACAGCAGUGGAGUCUGGUGGCUGCAUUCCCCUCCUCCUCUGAGCCCCAGCUGCCCCAGCCCUGGAGGGAAUUGACCUGAAGUGACCGGGAGUCACAGAUGCCACGCAGGGACCCUCCCCACUGUCUGGUUGCUCUGCACCUUCGUCUCCACCUGCCACCUGCCUCGGGAGAAGUCAGAUGAGGUCACCUUCCUCUCCACUGAUGGCUGGGUGGAUUCAGGACAAGGGAUGAAAGACCCUAGCAGCUAGACAUCCCGAAGUGAUGCUGCUCACCACGUGCAUCAAGCACAACUGUGAGUUUUUAUAUCAAUGUUUGAAGCAAGUUGGGUCAUAGUUUCCGUUUACAGAGGGGCUCUAGGGGUCACUGGUGAGGAGAACAGGGAUGCCAGCUGGAUGUCAGCCUGGCACAAGAUGCAAGUGUCGUUGUGGCAGUUUUAAACACAGCAGCCUCUACCUGUCUCAUCCACCCAGAGCAGCCCCAAGGGCAAGUCAGGUCAAGGUGGGAGAAGACAAUCUUUGCUUGUUCCCUGCCAAGGCGCCAGGCCCACCUGAGCACUGGCGCCUGCUGCCAGCCCUCUGGCUGUUCCUCACCUGAGGCCAGAGAGGCGGCUGUGGGCUUGUAGAUGGGGCAGAUGGCAGGUGACAGGCUGAGGCACUGCUGAGUUGUGGAAGGUAGCAGUGGGCCCCGGUCCAGGCCCCAGGCCACACAUCUGUGCUCACCACAUGGGGCCAGGAGCAGCCCUGGCAACAGGCUGACACCAGAGUGGUGAGGAGCAGCCAGGCCGCCAGCAGAGGGGAAGUGGCAGCUGUGCCAGGCCCCGGGGAGUAGAAAGCUGAGAUUUGAGCCCGCUUAGGGGUCAGAGGCCCUAGCAAGGCUGACUCAUGCCAAGGGCCACUGAAAAUCCGGCCCUUAGACCAAGAUCCAGAGCUACAGGAGAACCCUGCCACCCCUCUUCCCUGGGGGCUGGGGCUGGCAGUGUCAACCUCAUACUGGAGAAAGGGAGAAGUGACCUGUACAGAGCGCCAGCCAUGUGUCUGUCACAGUGCUAAGUACUUCUUCGAGCCUCCUUUGCCAAGUGGGGUAACUACCUGUAUGACGGAUGGGUCCUGGAAAAUUAAGGACUGAGCCCAGAACCUGCCACAGAAGUGCUCAAUAAAGCUGCUGUUUACUGAUGCCCAUUA